AUGCAUGACAGCGAUGGAAAUUACAAACAAUCAUUUACAUUCACUGGUCAGUUUGCAACGCCAUUCAAUCCACGGGAUGUAGCAAUAUCAGAUGAUAAUGAAUACUUUAUGACAGAUAACAAUAACAAACAAGUAGUUGUGAGUGAUGAAUACGGAAAGUUGAUUAGAAUGUUUGGAAGUUCUGAAAUUGAUGAUCCAUGGGGAAUUGCAAUUAAUCCUGUUACUAAGAAUGUGUAUGUGAGUGAGUGUAGUAAGCAUUUUAUUAGAAAGUAUACCCAGGGUGGUGUGUAUAUUAAGUCAUUUGGUAAAAGUGGAGAUAAGCAAGAAUUCAAUAGACCUUACAUGUUAGCUAUUAACAGUAAAGGGAUGGUAUAUGUGGCAGAAUAUUGGAACCACCGUAUUCAGGUAUUCAAUUCUGAUGACCAGUUUAUGUUUGAAUUCUCUUCCACUGGUGACAGUAGAAUGAGUAAUCCCAAGGGAGUGGCUGUAGAUAAGAAUGAUUAUGUAUAUGUAAGCAGUAAUCGUAAAGUCACUAAGCAUGACAGCAAUGGUCAGUUUAUUUGCAGGAUUGAUAGUGACAAGGAUAGACUGAGUGGUCCCUGUGGUGUAGCAGUGUGUAAUGAUGGUAGAAUAGCUGUAGUGGAUUGUGGCAAUAAAUGCAUCAAAGUGUUUGUAGAGUGA